GUUAAUUCGUUGUCACAAAACUUUUGUUUGUCAAGGUACAACUGGAAAUGAGUGCAGGAACUGGAACGGUGCAGGAAGUCGAGGACGUUGAUGGAGUUCGCAUACAAGCAGAGUUCAGCCGGUUUUUACUGGAAUACACGGAUGAGAAUGGAGUGCGUAUCUACGAAAGCGCUAUUUCGGCUUUGAUCGAACCUGAAAGAAAUACGCUGUAUGUUGAUAUGCGUCAUAUCCACAGCUACAGUGCUACACUUUAUGGAACAAUCGAGCUGCAGUUUUACAAGCUCUAUCCUUACAUCUGCGAAGCUUUGCAACUAGCAGUCAUUGAUACUUGCACGGAAGAUGCUGACAGGCAACGAAUGCACAAAAAAGAAGUGUAUGUCUCAUUUGGUGGACUGGAGAACCGUGUUAACGUUCGUGAAUUAACAGCGGAGAAAAUAGGAGCUAUGGUUUGCAUAAACGGACAGAUUGUGCGAACCCAUCCUGUCCAUCCCGAACUAAGCCGUGCUACCUUCGUUUGCGAAGACUGUGGAGUCACAACUAGAAAUGUGCUUCAGCAAUUUCGAUACACACAACCUUCGCGCUGUACAAAUCCUCAAUGUAUGAAUCGCAAUAGGUUCAGCCUUGAUGUUGAUGAUUCGUCUUUCGUUGACUUCCAGAAAAUAAGAAUUCAGGAAACACAAGCUGAGCUACCUCGUGGGUCGGUACCUCGAACUUUCGAUGUGAUUGUUCGCGGUGAAAUGGUUGAAUCAGUACAACCAGGUGAUCGAUGUGCCCUCACUGGAACCCUCAUUGUGAUUCCAGAUAUAUCUCAACUCAGCUCGCCAGGGCUCCGUGCUGAAAGUGGCGGUGGCAAUCGUGGUCGGGCAUCAGAAAAAGACACAGGGUUGACGGGCUUAAAAGCUCUGGGAGUGCGUGAUCUCAACUACAAAUUAGCGUUCCUUGCUUGCCAUAUUGAGUCAAACAAUACCAAGUUUGGCGGAAAAGACUUUACACACGAGAAUAUCGAUAGCUUGCAAUUAUGGAAGCAAAUGAGCGACCAAGAGCAUGCAGUUUUGAAGACGAUGAGUGAAGACAAGCGCAUUGCUGAAAAUUUGGUCGACAGUCUGUUUCCAAACAUUUAUGGAAACGACGAGGUAAAACUCGGUGUUUUGCUCAUGUUAUUUGGAGGUGUAGCAAAGAAAAGCAAACAUGAAGGCACUACUUUACGUGGUGACAUUAACGUGUGUCUUGUUGGAGAUCCAUCAACAGCGAAAAGUCAGAUCUUAAAAACGGUUGAAGAGUUUUGCCCUCGAGCUAUCUAUACUUCCGGCAAGGCUUCUUCAGCCGCUGGUCUAACAGCUGCUGUGGUCAAGGACGAAGAGUCCUUCGAGUUUGUGAUUGAAGCUGGUGCGCUCAUGUUGGCCGACAACGGCGUGUGCUGUAUUGACGAGUUUGACAAAAUGGAUCCGAAAGACCAAGUUGCUAUCCAUGAAGCUAUGGAGCAACAGACUAUCAGUAUCACUAAGGCUGGAGUGAAAGCUACUCUGAAUGCCCGAGCUUCUAUACUCGCUGCAGCAAAUCCAGUUGGAGGACGAUAUGACAGAUCACGUCCACUGAAGCAUAAUGUGCAACUUUCAGCACCCAUCAUGAGCAGAUUUGAUCUGUUCUUUGUCCUUGUGGAUGAAUGUAACGAGGUUGUGGAUUAUGCAAUUGCUCGUCGAAUUCUUGAUAACCACCGCGCUAUCUCUGCUCAUCAUAUUCGAGAAACGAAGUACUCUACGGAUGACAUCCAGAAAUACAUCGCCUUCGCAAAGUGUUUCAAACCUCAGAUUAGUGCCGAAGCUGGUGAAGCUCUGGUCACUGCCUACAAACGAUUGCGCAUGAGUGAUAGCAACAAUGCUGCUACUUCUUCAUGGCGAAUCACUGUUCGUCAGCUGGAGUCAUUGGUGCGAUUAUCUGAGGCACUAGCUCGUUUGCACUGCGCUGCUCAGGUUAGUGUGGAACAUGUCAAUCAAGCCGCGAAACUGCUCAACAAAUCUAUAAUCAGAGUAGAACAACCAGACAUCGCACUCGAUGAAGACUUCGAAGCUGACACGAUCAUGGAAAGAGAUGAAGACAAAGAAAACGAGGAGGAAGCGAUGGAAGCAGAUGUAGAUGGAAAGACAAAGGUCGACCCGUCUAAACUGAAAAUCACUUUCGAAAAGUACAAGCGGUUGGCUGAUAUGCUUGUGCUUCAUAUGAGAUCUGAUGAGGAAGGUGUCGACGAGGAAGAGUACGAAGGAGUGCGACAAGACUCUUUGAUAAAUUGGUAUCUGGAGAUGAUCGAAGGCGAUUUGGAGUCAGUAGAGGACUUGAACAUUCAGCGUACUAUUUGUCAGAGAGUUAUCCGUCGUCUCGUCACUGAGGAUCAUGUGCUGAUUGAAAUGGAUUCAGACGAGAAAAAUCCCUUGCUAUGUGUUCAUCCUAAUUAUGUGGUUACGGAUCAAUAAUUGUCAAUCUAUGGCCGGGCAGACUUCACGCGAUUUGAUCGUCGCGACUGAAUCGCGACGAGACAACUGUUACAACAUCAUUCCAUGCCGAUCAACUUGCAUUUCGGUUGUGAUACUUUUC